AGGGGGAGAGCGCAGGCAGCAAAUGAUGCUGUCUGCAUUUGAUGACAGCAGAGGGCCAGUAGAUCUGGAUCACUUUUUCCGGGGUUCGAACAGCAGGUCUAGUUUGUGGAGGGAGAGCCAGGGACCACAGAUGAAAAGUUGGUAGAAAAAUCUAUGCAUCAGUUUUACGGAGAGCAGGAUUGCAGUCUUACAAAAUAACCGGACAGAGCAUCAAGGCGCGAAGGAUUUGUAACCUACCGACGGCUAACAGUUCACGGCUAAACAGUUAGCCACGGCCGCAGAGAGGUAAUGUCUUUACUUUCAAGCAUCGCCAUUCCUUAAGGGCGUUGGGUUGAAUGUCUGUCGAUGUAAUGAGAGCAUUUGAAGACCCGUGGGCGUGUGUAAUCAAUUGUUGUUCAUUUCAGUGUUUGCUUGAUGUUUAGCGUCACCAACGUUAGCUACACAACACGUCAACGGCUGUGACACAUUCACGGCAACUCAAACAAGUGAACAGCUUUGAGCCAACUGAAUGAGAGGCACGACCACGCCAAGAUUUAUUCACUUGCUGCUUACGUGACCAGGAUUUUCUUUGCAAAGCUGUAAUGAUAAAAUGUAGCAACAGUGGUUGAAGAUUUAUUGUUGAAGCAUUUAAAGUGUUAAAAAAAAGCUUUUGGCCAUCCUGGCUUGUCACGUGAUUGUGCUGCAACAGGUAUACCUUGCUAAAUAGACACGAUUCCGGUGUAGUCGUGUUCGUUGCAAAUGUGUUGUCCACUGUGGUAUCAUAUGCAUGUGCACAUCCACAAAAAGAUAUCUAAAGCUCUUCUGAGUGUAGUAAUCAUUCAUUUGUUUAGCUGCAUUCAUAACAACAUAUGUGUAUGGCAUUGAUAACUACGGAAGUCGCAAGUGGACAUGCAACCAUAGGUUAAAAAAUGAACGCAAUUUGUAUACGGUGUUUUCUACCCACUCAGCUCAGUGCCAGUUGGCACUUUCAUCCUAAGCUGUUGUUACCUCCAGUGUAGAGCCUUGCGUGGUUUGUGAUAACUUAUGGAGGUUUGCCUUGGCAACGACAAAAGCGUCCAGCAGAGCAAAGAUAAAAAGUCUACUGAAUGCCAGAGACUAAGCAGAUAUAAGCUAAUUCAGAGGCAAAUGCAAGUAAUUAUGGGUCAGAUGUCUAUAUAGGGUUUCUGUAGGCACCUGAUGUGUCCGCGUUGAUUACAGUCAAUGUUUUCUCUCUCUUUCAGACAAGACUUAGAGGGGUAUUCCGGCAUAAAAUUAAUUUAGGGUCAAACACACCGUAUAGGUGCCUCUAAGUCACUCAGAAAAGUGAACAUCAGUGACAAGAUCUAGGUAACGUGUACUGCUUGUACCUUCAGCAGUAGGGAAGGUGUCAGUGAAAAGCCUGUGUUUACAUCUUUCACAGCAAAGAUUCAUAGUAAGACUGUUUGUCUGUUAAAAGACAACAGGAUGUUAUUUGUUUGUCAGAAAACAGGACUUAAAUGUGUACCAGAUAAGUUCAGUAAAGAAAGAAGAGUUCCCACUUUUUAACAAAAAAAUCUUCACAGGAGCUUUAACUUCAAGAAAAACAGGUCUGAGGUCUCUGCUUUCAUGUAAUUAUACUAUUGUCACAUACAGACACAAACUGGCUCAGUAGGACCUUUUCAUACCUUCCUGUCUGUUUGUUUUCAGGUAUGUCUGAAGUUAGUCUUGAGGCUGAACCGGGGAAGACCUCAGCCGAGGACCCUCAGGUGGAUUAUAAGGAGGAUGACAGAGCAGAGGGGGGUUUGAGUGAGGGUGUCAAACAGGAAAGUGUAGAUGGCAGUAGUGGGGAAGAAGAUAUAGAGCUGUAUGACAUCGAUAUUGACAGUCCUGAAGAAUGCCCAGAAGACAGCGACAGGGAUGUAGAGGAGGAAGUGAAGGAGGAGGAGAAGGAGGAAGAGAAGGAGGAGGAGGAAGAGAAGGAAGUUCAGAUUGUGAGGGAGGUAACGUACAGAGAUGGUGAUCCUGCACAGGAGUCUGUUAGCAUAGAAAGUGAGGAACACGAGACGAAUCAUCAUGUUGAAAGAGCUGAAACACCAGAGGAGAGUGGAGAGUCUCACACUGAAACAAAGGUGACGUUUACCUUCACUUUGGACAAUCAGCUUCCCUCCAGCACUUCCUGGCUGUGCUCUGUUGCUGUUUAGAACUUUAUCUGCUUGGUGGCGGUCUCUUUCCCCUGUAGUGACUCUGAAAUUAGACUUGAGAAAACUUUUUUUGGAUCAAAUUAAGCUGUUCAGAGAUUGUUUUCUUUCAAGAGUGUAUCUGAUUUCAUUCUGCUUUGCUAAAGACUUUAAAGGUAGAAAGCUGGUUUAGCUGCUGCUUGUCGUUGAUGGUGCAUUUAGUGUCUUUCCUCCUUUAUUGCCCUUUUAGGUGCUUCAUGUAAUUAGGGGUGAUCAAGUCCUUUUACAUUUCCUCUGCUUUGCGUUAAUGCUGGCUUAACCCAGUGCUGUUUUUAGAGGGGUUUAUCUCAUCUAUAAAUUACUGUGCAGUCUAUGUAAAUUAUAUAAUGUGCAUGUCAGUGAGCAAGAUUUCUACAUUUUUGCCUUUGAUUUGGCCCUGAUCUGCUGUGUGUGAGUCAAUAUGUACACAGUGUGUGAAUGAUACCAUCUCCUCACAGAGCUUUUGAAUUCUCCAUGCUAUCUGUCACAUGGCUGGGUAAGUGAGACAGAAUUGGACUGCUCUUUCUCAGGCAAACAGUCCCACAUUUCUGGUGUUGCUAGAAUGUGUGACUCCUCAGGGUGUUGAUUCACUUUCAGUGACGGGCUUAGUGCCAGCGCUGCGUGCCAGAUUGCAAGAAUUAUAAAUCAGAGGUCUUCUCUUACCCUCUCCAUAUAGUAGUUCUGAAUUCAGGAGGGUUAACCAGGCCGAAUUUUCCAGUUCUGCAGCUUAAACCCAACAAUUUGCAACGUGGCUGAGUCACAUUCCUCAUAGUUUGAAAGGCAAGACAUGAUUCUUCCUUUUCAGCUGACACAGCCAAUUGGACAAUUAACUCAUUGUUGUUAUGCUUUCCUCCUAUGUCAUGUCAGCUUGUAUCCAGGAUACUGAGCUAUAGGGAGCAGCACACUAUGACAGGCCAUACCUUGCUCCUUCUUACGCCUGAUCAGUUUGCAGCCACUUUACAUCCCUGCCCACCAGCAGCCUGUAAACAGACAUCCUCACAGAGUGGUUGCAGAUGGUCGAUUGGGUCAUUUUUGUUUUUUUCCUGGGUCUGUGGAACUCAAGAUUAACAGAUAGUUGCACUUCAACUACAGAAAAGCAAUACAUACAAACAGCGCUUGUUAAAAAAAAUUGAUACACUCAGUCUUUAUUUACGCUCUUUUUAAAGCAUGAAAUCUGAGACGUGACUCUCAAAGGCAGCCUGUUAAAACUUGAUAUCAGGAUGACAAUAACACAAAAGUGUGUCUUAUCUGCUGAAGCUGGUUAGACAAGCUAAGCAGUGCUUGUCUGUGUUGCCUGCCUGCCUGCAUGCCGGGAUCAUAUGGCGUUUAAGUAUUUAUGUGUCUGUCACAUGUACCCGUUAAAGUCUACUUUACACCUGGCCAACAUGAAGCCAUACAAACUAAGUGUUGUGGCUUUGGUCUUUUUUCAUGCGUUUCAGUCUGAUUUAGCACACCAGAUAUCUAUAAUUACAAAAUAUGUCUUUGAAAAGUCUGGAGCUCCUGUCAAAAAAUAACACACUCGCUGUUUUCAAUAAGACUUCUUCUGGGCUGGUUUAAAACUCAAAUACCAUAAUUACAGCCUCAGAUGACCCAUGUUGACCAAAUAAACCCCAGCUAAUGAAUGAGUCUAAGUACAUCUCAAUUCAAACUUCAGUUAAAAAGAUUUUCAAAAUGAUGUUGUGAUUUGGUUCAGUAUUCUCCUUGUCAUAGUCACUGAGGUCACUGAGUUCUCCAAAGAGCCUAACAAUGCUUGCUCAUUUAUGAUCAUUUUAUUUUGAAAGGGCAAACCUGCAUUUUUAUAUACAUUUUUUGAUACAUAUAUUUCUUUGUAAUUCAUAGUCAAAACCAGGAUAGCUAAUGUUUAUCCCAGGGGAAUGUGCAGGUCCUGUUAUUAAAUAUGGUAUUGGUCUUAUACCUUUUAUCUUAACCUCAUACUGUUGUUCUCAAAUUGAGACCAGUCAGUCUCUUUGGUCUGGACCCAGAUCUAGUUACCUGGUGAUCUAGCAGCUAUUUGCAUUAUUUAGAUUCCGCUCAAGGUCUAUAUGUAGAUAAAGAUCUAUAACCCUUUUCCAGAGAAGUUUGGAGGUUGUAUUAAAUGUUGCUUAAAAUAGAUUAUGAUGACGUGUGAAUCUUAAUAACCCAAUUUUGCAUUAUUUUAAAAAUGCUCAUUUAUAACAUAGGUGAUGACCCUAAAAAAAUCAUUGUUUCUUGAAAUAAUACAUGCUCAGUAUAAGUUUGAUGUUGGUGAAAUGUUGUAAUUAUCUGGGACAGUUGCAACAAAAUUGAAAACGCCAGAAAGAACAGCUGGAGAGCAUCCUCACAUAAUUUACAGCAGGUUAAUAAUAUGACUGGGUGAAAAGAAAACCAUUUUAGGAAGACUAAGGCAUUCAGAAAUAAAGAUAAGAAGAGGUUUACUACUCUGUAAACAACUAGAUGAGUUAAUGGUUAACAGUUUCACAAUUGUGGUACUGUGUAAAGUUGCAACGAGUGUUUAGGGAAAACAAAGUCUACACAAUAGCAGAAAUCUGGAGAAUCUGGAGAAAUCUCUGGGCAGAAAGGACGAGGCUGAAAAUCAGUGUUGGAUUGCUGUGAUCUUGAGGCCCUCAGGUUUUACUGCAUUAAAAACAGACAUGACUCUGCAGUGAAAAUCACCGCAUGGGCCUAAAAAUCACUCUGAGGAUGACCCACAAAUGCAGGUUAAAACUGCACCAAUUAUUUAAAACAUGAUGCCAGCAUCAUAUUUAAAAUGAGCAAAUUUCAAAUGAUUUCCAAAAUGAUCUACUUCUAUCAAAAUUUGACCCUUUAUCCCAACUGUCAUGAAGUUGGGUUGUCAUUUAAAGAUACAAAUUCACUGAUUCACACUACUUUGCUCUUUGUUGUUCACUCCUCCUGAGAGGAGUUUCACCUAUCAACAUGAACCAGAUUUACACACACGCACACAGUUGAGCUUCAAAGCAUGCAAAGCUUUAUAGAAGUGAGGUCAUCGUCCUUGUUCUCAAGUCCACCGUGAUUAGGCCACAAAACUUGGACUAAAAAUAGCACAGUUGGAUCUUCAGCCUGCGACUACAGGCUGCCACGUUACUCCAGCCUACACAAAACUGUGGUCUCCACCCUGUGGCUACAGGCGGCAAGCCAACACAUGAAUAUGCAGCUACCUAAGCUGAGCCAAUAUGUCAUGUAUCACACGAUUAAGAUAGACCAUGAUUUGUAUGUUUUCAUAAAGUUUAGAACAGGUCUGUCCACAUGGUUUUUAAUUACGCUUAAGGCCAAGGAGAAUCUGUGUGAUAAGAUUCUCAGUUUCAGAUCACAAAAGAACCAGGUAGAAACCAGACACAGGGUUUUAUGCAAGCUGAAAUAAACUGAUAUCACUUCUGAACAUAAAACCUUGUGUUCGCUUUGAGACAAAGACCAGGUGUUGUACUUGUAACAUAAUGCUGUAGAGAACAGGAGUUAAAAGAGAAAGAUAAUAAUUUUUUCAGGUAUUAAUGGGCAGAGGCAUUAAGCACUAAAGGUUUACACGCAUACACACAAUUAAAGAGAAGCCGUAUUUACAUGACUUUCUGGACCUUAAGAGACGUUAAUUCAUUGGGUAACCUGCUUUCGUCGGCUGUUAAAUAAUUAAACAGACAAGUGUUGUAAAAAUGGAGACUGAUGAAAGUUGAUGACGGUUGUUGCACAAGAACUUCAGCUUUUAUUUGAGUGAAGGCUGCAUUUGAAUUGAGCUCAAGCCCAUUACAAUGAAAAAAUAGUUAGCAAAAUAUCUGCAUUAUUUAUCACAUAAUGAUGAUUAAGGUGUGAAAAUGAUGUGAUCCUUAUUUACUCUUUAACAGUGUUUAGUGUUAAAAUAUGGUUCAGUGUUAAAAGAUAAAAUCAUGUUCAUUAGAUAAUGUAGAGGGUUGAAAAGUUAGCACUAAAGGUACAGAAGUCCAGCUUAGUCCACAAGAUGGCAGUCUAAACCAGAAUGUCCCAUCAGUACAUCCAGAGUCCUCCUUUCUUCCAGUGAAGCUGUUUGUAUAAAACUUCCAUUAAUGACCUUCUUAAUUUCAACCUCUCUUUUCUUUAUUACAGGAGAGCACAAUGGCUGAGGAGCCCCACAGAAGCUCAGCCGCAGAGAUCCCUGUUACCAGUAAUGGAGACCUUGAUCAGAACCCAGAGACAGUUUUCCAGAGGGUAAGGACUUGUUCCUGACUCUUCUGGUUUCAGUACUUUGUAAUAUCUGUAAAGUUUCUCAGAGACUGGUUCUCCUUUGACCUUGGAUAGGUCUUCAGAAUUAAAAAACCCUCAGCUCUCCCCACUAGAAAUGAUCAAUCUUCAGUCUUUGUCGUGAUGUUUGAGUUGCUUUUGACAAGCAAGCCAUCAAUGUUGAUUUCAAUCGAUUUUACAAGGUUAAAAAAAUCAUCAUAGGAGCUAGAAAAUUAAACAAUGAAUAAAUUUGAGCUUGUGUAAUAUUUUAAAGUUGAGCUGACAGUUAACACUGUAUAUUUUAGCAUUAAUUAACUUUUAUUGACUUUUUUUGUCUAUGAAAUAUGAAAAAUAGAAUUGGAAAUUAUCUGCCAGAGACCAACAGUACAAAAUGAAGAUUAUUGGUUUGCCAGUUUGAGGCAAUUGUAUGAACUAUUUUCACUCUGUUUGGGCUUUUUAACUGUAAACUUAUCUACAAAGGCCCCAUUUAAAGGUAGUUAUUUAUUUGUUGCCCAAUAAACUCAUACAGAAGCUUAGCAGCUCUCAUUGGAGUCCAGACCAUCUUUGUGUUAAUAUAACAGAUAAAUUAAACGUUUAAUUUUUGCUGCCACUCUUGGCCUGUACAUUGUAGAAUACAAACCUUGUCAAAUACUGCAUUAAGUAUGACUGAUAGCCCAGCUUCUGUUCAGGUGCUUGGGGGCUGAGUCGGUAGAUAUCCCUUGUUGGUUAUAUACUGACUGUUGACAAGUACCUUAUACAACCCUUUCAAAAGAUCCAAGCCAUCCAUUUAAAUGCAAAAUUUCAAUAAAUAGAGAAAGUCAUUGAAAACCGAUGGAGAGCUAAACAGUCACUCAUCAAAGACAUCUUUCAUAGUGUGAAAGAAAAAAGAUCCAAACAAAGGUUUCCAGAGAAGCCUUGUAUAACCUGGUGCAGGUGAUAUGGAUUUGUUUUUCACCCUCUUUCACAUUCUUUAUUUGGAUUAGGGGUCAAACACAUAAACACAACAACAGGAACCUCUCCUUUUGCUGCAUGUUUAAGAGGUUCACAUAAAGUUGUUAAUAUAAUAUCUGUUUAUUUGUUUUCACAACAGGACUCUGGACCCGGGGCCUUAAACCUGUCCGAGUCCUGUGUCACCUCCAGUAACUUCUCCUCAACAACAGAGGGCAUCAUUGAAUCAGUACCGUACAGAGGUACACCAUUUCACUCUCUCAGUCUUUUCUGUAUUUUCAUCGUUUAGCUCAUCAGAGUUUAGUGACAAAGCAGCUCGUAACACACUCAGAAACUUCUUCAUUCAUCGUUUUAUUCGACUGCUUUGCUUGAAGACCGUUUUUCUGAUAUCCAGGGCCUCGCUUUUGUUUUUUAAUCUCUGAAACAUAAAGGAAAUCAUUUGAAUAUGUAAAGCUGAAUACCACUUGAAUUAAACAAGUUUCCUUUGAUCUCCAGGUUGUAACCCUCCUUUCCUUUUCAUCAUCGUGCCCUUAUUGUACAUGCAAAUAAGAAACUCACCGUAGAGGCCUGAGCUGCGUAGCCCAUUUACCACAAUGUUGCCAUGGCUACUUUUCAUAUUGUAUACUGAAGAUGUUGAUUCACACUCUCAUCCUGCUACGUGAAGAGAGCUGGAGUAGAGGAAUAAACACAAGCAGGAGAUUGGCGUCAAUAAGAAUCUUUUCCUUUCACUUCUGUUAACGGGAUGGUGACAAUCUGAUGCAUCAAACUGUAACUCUGAAUAUCUCCCAGGGUCAGCAAGCCUGCCCUCUUCCCCUGUGGCACCUGUAGCUCCCAGCUCGGCUGUUGCUAGCCGCCUGGCACGCUCUACCAGCGAUAGUCAGACUGAGAAAGGUACCCGCAGUCAAGGAGUCUGAAACAGAUGACACCAAAUCAGCCACUCUUUGCACACUAAUUUAACCGCAGUUCUCUGUACCCUUCUCAUUUUUCAGCUCCUUGCCCCCACAGGCUGUCCUGCACUCAGAAUCAAACCUCUCUCUUUCUCCUGUCUUGCUUUUUGCUUCUCUGAGCUUUACCUGGUCAUAGGUUCGGGCUAAUGUAGGAGGUUUUCUGCUCUGCAAUGACUAAUCAUAAGACAGUUCCCUGGAUCUAGAUCGAAAGAUUUUUAGAUCUGAUGCAACCCCCCCGAUGUUUCAAACAUCUGCUUGGCUUGGAAAGAAAACUGGUUUCACGUUUAAUCUGAACGGGUUUUCCUGCUUGUUCCCCUUUGUCCUUGCAAAAGUUGGCACCCCUGGUCUCUUUCAGCGGAGCCCUCAAACUGACAAAGUAAAAAACUGUAAACACAGUCAGAUUACUAAAUCAGUGACUUGUGUUGUAGUCAAAACUGCAGUGUGAUAAGAUAUUUCAGCAAAUACUGAAGCAUUUACCUGUGAUAUUUGGGGAAAAAAGUUGAAGCUUUUAUCUCAUUUCACACAAUCAGUUGAUAAAAUGUAUUUAAACAUACACAAAAGCUCAGGAAGCGAACAACCAACAGCCUUUGAGUUUCAGCAAGCAACUUUGCUAAUACUAACUACUUAAACAACAGCGAGUGUUCCUUAUUGUUAGCAUGUAUCACAACCUGUUUGAGCAUCACUUAAUAUCUUAAACUUCUGUAAAAAUGUUUUCAACAGGUUGACACUUUCUUAGCUUGCUAAUCUUUUGGAAAGCUGUUUUUAGGUGGCAAAUUUUGUUAGCUUUUCCUUCAAACUUAUUGAUUCUGGUUUAAAGGGGGUGGGGGGGAUAGAGAUGAGAUGUUUUAUAAAAGUUCAUCCUUAAUUUAUAAAUGAUGAAGUCAAUCAUUUAUUUCCACUGUGGUCUUUAGUUAAAUGUAAGAAUAUGUGCUCUUAAAAUGAAGCAUAAGUUGGCUUGCUCUGUUAGCUAUGAGAGUUUUUGGUUUUGAUCUGAUUUUCAGUCUGAAUGUUGAUGAUUUAAUUGACUAAAUCCUUUUUAUGAUUAUUAUUUUUUUGAGUUGAGGUAUAUUUUUGGCUCAAAAUCUUGAACUGUGUCAGUUUCGGGGCUCAGUACUCUUCAGUGUUUCCUCUCUUUGCCCAAAUUACAAACCACUUCACAUAACUUUCCAUGUUUGCAUUAAAGAAGGUUGUGAUCUCUGACUAAUAAUGUUUACAUCAUUGAUCGUUUUAAUUAAAGAAGUAAAAUCAUAUAAUUGAAACAAUGUUCUCUUGACAAUCAGUGAUAUAAAAUUGAGUUGAACCACCUUUAUUUUUACCACGGCAAUUUAACCUGCUUCAUUAACAUAAUCACUCACUAAAUAAAUGACUUUUGGUUGUCCAGGCGGAGGAGCAUUGGUUCUGUCAGAUGACUUAAAGAGCCCGGCCAUGGAGAAACUGGACCUUGUGAGAAAGUGGAGCAUCAACACAUACAAAGUAAUCCUUUGUUUCUUCUUCUAGCUUCAAUGUCACUCUUCAUUCCCAAUGAGUUGCUGGACAAAUUUAUUGUACCUCUUGAUGAUGUCUUCACCUCUCUUUAUAUGCUGGUUCCACUCUGUUCCUCUUUCUGCCUCUUUAAAGUCUUUCUCUACUCAGUACUCAAAAGACUCCUGGCUGUCAUUCUGAUGCUGCACUCAAAUUUCCUCAGAAGUCAAAAGUCCGAGCUGGGAAUGACGUCACACCGGAGUUACCAGUGUUUCAGUUACCAAGUCAGAAGAAAUCGAAAUCUGAGGCAGAAACAAGAUGGCUACAUCUACAAAAGUUAUUUCAGCGCUUGCCCCGUCCUUACUUAUAUUCGGACAAGGCAAGUGCUAAAAUAACUUUCUUAGAUGUAACUACCUUUUUUCCACCUCUGAUUUUGCUUUCUUCUGACUUCUGACUAACUGAAACACUGGUAACCCGGGUAUGACGUCACUUCCAGCUCCGACAUCUGACUUCCGAGGUAACUCGAACGCAGCAUUACUAUUUCAAACUGGAUGAAAACUUGUAUCAGUAUACUCUGUGUAUGUGUUCAUCACCCUGGUGUCUUCUGCAGUGUACCCGGCAGAUCCUGUCAGAGAAGCUGGGCCGCGGUUCCAGGACGGUGGACAUGGAGCUGGAAGCUCAAAUCGAAGUCCUGCGUGACAACAAGAGAAAGUACCAGCAUGUAAUCAAGCUGGCUCAGACACUGGCCAAUCAGCUGUCCCAGAUUAUGCAGACGCAGAGACAGCUGGGUGACGCCUUUGCUGACCUCAGCCUAAAGUCACCAGAACUACAUGUGAGUCCAUAUUUCUCUGAAUCACAAAUAUCACUUUCAAAGUUCACACAGUGGAAUCAGACUUGCUCAUUUUUGGGAGGUCAUUAAAAGUUUGAUUGCUUUCAGGAGGAGUUUGGUUACAACGCAGACACUCAGAAGCUUCUGUCGAAAAAUGGAGAGACACUUCUGGGUGCAAUCAACUUUUUCAUCUCCAGUGUUAACACUCUGGUGGAGAAAACCAUUGAAGACACCAUGCUGAAUAUCAAACAAUAUGAAAUUGCCAGGUGGGUAAUGCAUGGAAAUGUUUUUCACUCUUAAAUCUUAAAACUGAGCCACUUUAUAGUCUCAGGAUAAAUCAAAGUUUGUGGAUUUUACGUUUUUCACAAAGGGAAUGUAACACUUGAUGUGCAGCUGGUCAUUAAUGUCUUGCAGCUAUCAGAGUUUGUAUUAAUAUAUUUCAUAUGUCUGGUGCUGAUUAAUUGAAACACAUUUCUAGGGUGGAAUAUGAUGCAUACCGUACAGAUUUGGAGGAGCUAAAUCUGGGACCACGUGAUGCCGCCACUAUGCCCAAGAUAGAGCAGUCCCAGCAGCAGUUUCAGAUCCACCGGGAGAAGUACGAGAAGAUGCGAAAUGACGUCUCUAUCAAGCUGAAGUUUUUAGAGGAGAACAAGGUCAGCUGGAGUAAUUCUGCUCUACAUGCCAGCACCGACAUGGUGGUUUUUAAUUCACGUGAGCUCAUCAUAGCUUUGUUUCUGUUUUAUGCAAACAGGUGAAGGUAUUGCACAACCAGCUCAUCCUGUUCCACAAUGCCAUUGCUGCGUACUACGCUGGAAACCAACAGCAGCUGGAACAGACACUCAAGCAGUUCCACAUCAAGUUGAAAAUGCCAGGUGGGGACAGUCCAUCAUGGCUGGAAGAGCACUAAUCGCUCCUUUUGAAGCCACAGUGGCUCGGUUUGACAGGAAAUGUCAAAUUCUACAAAAAAAACUACAAGAGAUCCCUCUUCUUUCUCCUUCCUUCAACUCUACUUUCACUGCCUUUCAAACUCUAAAAACUUUGAAUCUUCGACUCCUGCAAAACAAAAGAAAACUGGGAAGAAGUCCCACGGUUUGUUUUACUCUGAUGUUAAAUCACCCUUUUCAUAUUGCAGUUCUUUGAAAAAAUAGGAAAUGCACUUUUAUACUGUAUGACACGUCUGUAAAACAGGAGUUUCUGCAGUAAACACAUUUGGAAACUGUAAAUGGCCUUUUGUACUCCAGCGUAUGAAUGUUAUCUCUCUGUAAGGUAGAUGUGUUGGCUCUGUAAUGGCAGCUACAGGAUCAAACUGACUGCCCUUAUUGACAUUACUGCUAUCAAUCCUUCUCAAACAAAAAAAACAUGCUUUAUAAAAGUCAUAUCGGGACACUUCUGGAGACUUUAAACAUGAUUCCACUUCACAUCCGUCCCAUUAAAGUGGGCACACAUCAUUCAGACUUUUUGAUCGUGCUAAUGCAAAGCUGAUCGACUCAUUUUAAGUAGUAGUUGACAUUUUGGGGAAUCAGUUAUUCACUGUCUUGCUGAGAGUUGGACAAGAAGAUCAACACUUAUAAAUCAUAUAGAUUUAUAUCUAUAUUCAGUAUGUGGUUUUAGAUGGCACCUUUUUUAGCUUGGCUUUGCAUAAGGAUUAGACAACAUGGGGAACGAUGUAAAUAAGUCCCAUUUACCUCAAAACCCAAAGCAUGAAAAAUAAAGAUUUUAUGAGAGGAUUUUUUGGCUCAAGCAUCAAGCUUGGCUCGCAGUUUCUCCCCUUAUUCUGGCAUUUACGCUGAGCUAAACUAAUGAACUGCAGUGAUUUGCUUUAUUUUCAACUUGCAGAAAAGUGAUGUCAGUCUCCUUGUCCAACUCUGAGUAAGAGAUAAAGACAAAGAAUAUGUUCCCAAAGUUGCCCGAAGUAUUUUAAAUGACAUUCAGUGGCUUUUCACAACAAAUCAUGCAGGUUGUGAUAUGAAAAUUUGACAUGAUACCACUUUUAAUAUACCCACUUUUGUAGCAUUUUCCUAUUUUGUCUAAAUCCGUGGCACAUGACUGAAUGGGUCAAAUAGUUAUUUUUUUCUUCCAGCAAAAAUGAAGGACCAGCCUUUUGUGACUAAAUGUGCCUUUAAUUCUUGAAUUUGACCCUCUCUUUCCUCUUUGUGUGAGCAUACCUGAACCUGUUGUUAGAAACAGGUGUUCUUAGUACAAGUUUUUGGGGACCAACUCUUCUCUUUAAGGAAGGGACCAAACACACACCCACUGAGCAUUUUUUUGGUCUAAAGGAGGUCUAAUAGACGUCUAAAUGUAGCCUAAAUGACUGGUCUAAAAUCAGGCUACCACAGGUCUAAAAAUGAAAGUUUAUUAGACGUCUAAAUUUAGACCAAGUCUAAAUCUGGGCUAUAUCUAUACUACAUUGUAUAUUGCUCGAUGGCUAUCAUAAUUAUUUUAGUUAAGUACUUGGAGAUCAGUUAUUGAAAGUGGAAAUGAAUAGUUAUCCAAUAACAGGUUAAAGUGCAACAUUUAGACGGUUGAAAUUACGUUUAAAGAAACUAGACGUCUAAUAGCCGUCUAUUGCUCAGUGGGCACACACACAAACACAAACAAAUACACAGAGGGAGGUUACAUCCUAAAACACUCCACACCACACAAAAAGAGAGCUCUGAUAUAAACGGAGACUUGCUCUUCUCAAAGAUAUUUAUCCGUUUUGCACACAUGCACAUUUAUGCAUUGAGACUAAUUACAAAAAACCUUGUAAAAACUGUAUAAUAUGUGAGGUAAAAACCAAAAUGCGGUUCACUUGAAAACUGUUUUGUAAAUUUAAAAGACCAGCAUCUUUUGCCAGAGCUGCUAAUGGUUUCUUUCAUUGGACUUUAUAACAGUUUAUUUUUCACAGAGGACAUAUUGUACGCUGGUACUGAAAACCUGCUGUAACGUCCUUACUUUGUACUGUUCCUAUGGCUCAACAAAGCAGUUUGAGAGUGUGACUCGUGUUCAACAAUCUAGCUUGAAAUAGAUGGAUUUAUAUUUGUAAUCAUCUCUAUUUUACCCUGAGUAUGUAGUCCAUGACCAAUGCUGCAGUUUGGCUUUUUCUUGUUGUUUUUUUUAUCUCCUGAAGACUUCCAGAAUGAUGUGCUAGUGCUAGUAUGUGCUAGUGGAGCUGUACUUUUUUAAUAAUGAAACAUUAACAGUAAAUGUUGAGUUAAAAAAGGAUUCUUCAACUUCUUCAACUUUAUUAUCAUCUCAUGGGAAAUUUGGUUUGCAACAGGCAUCAGCACACCAGUACAUGAUAAGUCAUAAAAACAUACAGGCAUAAGGAGAAAAUCUGAGCACAAGUAAAAAAUAGAUGCACUUCAACCACAAUAAGCCAGAGAUGGAAAGAUACGAAUAAGUGCAUUCAGUCAAUUAAGUGCUACAGAUAAAAUAAACGGUUAUGAUGAAUAACCGGAGAUGUCCUCUCUGAAUGUUGUGUAACAUCUUUGGGAAAAUAAAAGUUCUUUUCUUUGAGCAUCUCCAAAA